AUGUUUCGUAACCAACAUUUUGCACGCUUGUUGUUGAAAAAGGAAGAAUUUGGCGAUCGAUUGCUUACUAGUGAUCAUUCCGAAUGGUACUCUAUUGACAGGACAGCCGUAACUUCGUGCAUGCUAAAAAAAUUUCAUCAAUUCUACAUGGAUGAGGAUGUGGAAACAUUUUUAAACAAUUCGCUUGAAAUCAGUAAUUCACUAUGUUUACAGGUCUAUUAUACAUUUGUUACUUCGUUGUUAUCAGUGAUACUGACGAAAACAAGUAUUAAUGGUGUCCUGGGUCGAGGUGGUAUGCAUCUUUUUUCCUUCAGUCAACUGCAAGAAUUUUUGGAUGUUUCAGCUGAAUGGAUCUCUUACGAUAAAAAGCUUCUGGAUUUGGGUGCUGGAGAUGGUCAAAUAACCGCUAUAAUGGGGCGACUAUACAGGACUAUUUCAGUUACAGAAGCUUCCAAGGUAAUGGAAUGGCGCUUGAAGCAACGCGGAUUCAGAGUCAUUCCGAUGAAUAUCUGUCAGCAUUCUGAGACCUAUCAUUUGGUUUCUGCACUUAAUCUGCUAGAUCGUCAUUACAAUCCAUCUUUAUUAUUAGCUCAAUUACAUGCGAUCACUCUACGUUCAGAAUCUUUGCUGAUGUUGGCUGUUGUUUUACCAUUACAUCAGUAUGUGGAAUUCCAUCCUACAAGUCGUACAAAUCAACCAGAUAUAGAAAUUUCGAUCAAAGGUAGAACGUUCGAAGAGCAGGCGGGUUCAUUAGUAGCAGAUAUUUUGGAACCAAGAGGAUUUGAAUUGCUCAAAUGGGGUAAACUACCUUAUUUAAGUGAAGGAGAUUUCAGAAAACCAUUUUACCACCUUGAUGAUGCCAUAUUUCUGCUAAAACCAAUAAAUAUCAAUUUCGCUAGGAGCAACCUGUCGGAUAUAAUUUCAAACAAUUCAGUGCCUGAUCGCGACUUCACCUCGCUCUAG